UGCGCAUUGCGACGGGGAGGAUUUCCUGCAGGAUGCCGAGGAGGUGUUGACAGCUUUGCCUUCAUGAACGGUCCUCACCCCUGUGACCCAUUAUGUGCUGUCCACCCAUGGCACAGAGCCUGCACCAUCCCAAGGAGCUUAGCAGUAGUUGGUGACCGGGCGGGGAUGAGUGUGGCUGUGGCCGCCCAGCCCACUGCCACCCAUGGAUGCUAAGCUGCGAGAGGACCUGUUUAAGAAGUAUGUCCAGUCUCUGGAGCGGCGGUUGGAGGAGGAGGAGGAAGAGGAUGGAGGAGGGCACAGGCCAGCCUAUGACGGAGGCUUAUUGUCUGCAGCAGCUGCCUGGCUGGGUGCCUGUCAGGUGGACCCAGUUCAGCGGUUUCGCAUCAUGCGCUUCUAUGAGGUGGCAGAGAAUGCCCUUCUGACUCUGAGAGGCUCCAACCUCCAAGCCUUGGAGACAGCAUUUACCAUGCUUGAAACCAUCUGCACCAACCUCUUGCUCUUCCCCUGGAAGAAGGAAUUCCGUUGCAUUAAGACCUUCACUGGCCCCUAUGUGUACAACCUUCAGACUGCUAUCUGUGACUCAGACCUGCGCUUGCUGCUGCGCUCCAUGGGUUACUCCCGUGAGGAGCUCCAGUUCCAUACCCGCGACCAGUCAGGCAGUGCUUUACACCUACGACAGCUGGCUUUUGAGCUCUUCUUGGCCCGGGCAGAGUGCAAGCUCCUCGGGGAGGUCGUUGCGCUGGCUGGGGGCUCCGCAACGGAGCUUGAGGCAGUAGAAGUACGACGGGGAAGUCGGGAGGAUGCAGCAGGGUGCGCCGAGGCGCUGAGACGCAGGGAUGCUCUCGCUGGGGAGGUAUCGCGACUCUCUGUGCGGCAGGAGGAGGCAGAUCGUACCCACCUGAGAAGAGGCAGCCGGCCCUCCAAGUCUGUUGACGUGACAGACGGUGCGGGACACUGGCACCCAGCCAGCAAGCCUGUACUCAAGCCCUCACUAAGCCUUCGCAAGGAGCCGCUUUUUGUGGACGCAGAGGAGGAAAUGCAGGAUGAGAUCAUCCGCCCCAACACCUCCCUCCUCUCCAUAGGGACCUUUCCCUCAUAUAGUCCUGUGGCAGACUUUUUCCCCGUUCAGUCUCCACCGGCAGAGCCCUAUGCCUAUCACCUGUCCUCUCUGGAUGAAAUUGACCUGUACACCGAGCGGGGUGCAGGUCGACAGACUCCAUCCCGGCCGCCUAGCCGCGAACCUCGUGAUGUUCGGGAGACCUGGGGCCUGAAGGGCCACAGCAGCCCAGCUCUCUGCGUGAAGUGUCAAGGCUGUGGUAUGGGCUGCUCUAGUCUCACAUCGUGCCAGAAAUGCGACAUGAUCCUGUGCCCUGCAUGCCAUGCAGCAGAUCCCUCGCCUUGCUGCGGUCUGCAGGAUUACCCCAAAACAUCUCACCCUCUGGAUGGUUACCUUCCGCCAAAGGAAAAAUCGUCAGUCUACUCCAGUGUUCACUCCCAGCCACCAGAGAAGCCACUGAUGGCGACCAAGCUAUUCCCUAGCAAGCCUGUCAUCUCCAGCAACAGCAGCAUGGGUGCAGGAGGCUCGCGUUGUGGUUUCUGCAACAAGCCGGGUGCCACGCACACCUGUAUGAAUUGCUCUAAGGUGUCUUGUGACACUUGCAUGAGCCUGUAUGCUAACGACGUGUGUAGCCGCAAGAACUUGCACCAUAACUUUGUGCCCAACCAUCAGCUCAACUACAAGUCCAGCUCCAUAUCUCAUUUGGUGUAUCGAUAGACUGCAAAUUGCCCCUGGCAGCUUGGAGUGGACAGACGCAUUAAUUAUCAGCUGUUAUCUUCAGGUCUGGAAGGCAAAUUAUGUGAUGCCAUCUUUCCUCUGCCCCUCAUGCCCUUAAGGAAGUGUAGCUGUUUACCUGCAUCCUCUCUUUCACACUUUUUGGGAUUUUAUGUCUCUUCCCAGCUGGCCUGUUUGCAAACCUUAAAGUAGACACCGAGUAGUUUGUGGUAAUGCAUACACCCAUCUAGUCAAAUAUAUAGUCCAGCUCUUGUAGGCAUAUGUUGCAUGAAGAUAUGCAACAUCUGACCUUUCAAUUUCAUUUUAGAAAAUGUGUAUUUGCAUUCUGUAUAAAAGGUCACUUUACCUUUGGGACUAGAAAAAAUACAAAUGAAUAGUAUAUAUAAUUUAAUCUGUUAAAUGGACCACCUUUAAACUAAAGUGGGUGGGAUGGGUGUGUUCAGAGACCUCUUUCUGUCAGCUGCUAUAAAAAGCUUAGAUCUGCCUUGUGGGUCUACUCUUGUCAAAUAAGCUGUCUGUGGAAAGCAGUGUGGGGUUGCUUAGUAGCUGUUAGAGUAGUCAAACAUUAAGUAACAGUGAAUCCCUCUGGUGAACUUGUUUUGUAGAUGUCAGUUAAGCCUUUCUGCUCUCUCUCAGUCAUUGAGACACUCGCUGCAACGGCUUCCUGCCCGGUAGUAUUAUGAAAACUGCAGUUUUCGUGCUGAGAAUUAAAGGCACGCCUAAGAGCUCUUUAACACUGUUCUAAAAGCGAGUGAUCCAGAUCCCACAGGUAGAGGCUGACGCAAGUUCAUAAGAGUGUGUUUUCACACAAUUGAACUUUUUAUUGCUUUGAUUUAAAUCAGCAGUGCAUAUAACCACUUCUAUCAGGCUGCAGACACAGAGAAAGUGUUCAGGGACAAAAACCAAGCAA